AUGCUUAGAAAAGCAGAUGAGGAAUCAAAGAGAAAGGCUGAGGAAGCUGAAGUAGCAAAGGCUCUUGAAGACUUUGAAAACACAUUUCAGCAGUCGAAUAGGCUUGAUCGAGCCUGGGUCAAAGGCGGUGUUGUAAAUCCUGGCAGUGAAGCAUCUACAGAACAUAAAUCCGAUGUCCCUUCCUCUUCAUCUAUCUAUAAGCCAGUUUCUAAAUUUGGCGAUAAGUCCUUAAAAACUUUGGAAGUUGGGAAAGUUGAAUCCAAGGGUGAUGGUUCGAAGAAGCCAAUGAUUGGAAGAAAGUCUGGCCAAGCUAAAAAGAUGACCAAUCUGGAGUUGUUCAAGGAAGAGUUAAAAAGGUACUUCUAUUCACAAAUUUGUAUUGUUAUUCUCAGUCUUCAAAAACAACGCGAGCAACGGCAUCAAUUGCGACAGCAGAAUCGUGCCAGAGGGAUAUCUGAAAGCAAGAUACCUCAAAGUCUACCCACCUCCGAGCUCUCUCUGGAAUACGACGAUUUGGACAAGAGAAACCGAUUGCGAGAGUAUGGCUACCCAUAUGACGAGGACACCGACAAGUCCACAACCAAUCUUUUUCUUGGUAAUCUAUGUCCAAAAAUGACGGAGCAACAGCUCUGUGAUAUAUUUGGGCGCUAUGGACCCUUAGCUAGUGUCAAAAUCAUGUGGCCACGCACGGAAGAACAGCGUGCCGUGGCUAGAAAUUGUGGUUUCGUGGCUUUCAUGAAUCGCAUUGAUGCGGAGCGGGCCCUAGAAAAUUUGCGGGGGAAGGAGUUGAUGGGCUAUGAAAUGAAGUUGGGUUGGGGCAAAACUGUCCCCAUCCCUGUCUACCCUGUCUACGUCCCACCCCUCCUUCUUGAGCUCAUAAAGGCACCCUCGCAAUCCGGCCUUCCGUUUAAUGCACAACCUCGGGACUGGCUGAAAUCUCUUAGGCCUGCAAUUAAGGAACGAGCGAAGCUUGUUACUGAGUCUAUUGGUAAUGGUGACUCCGCUACACACAGCUUACCCCCAGCGCCCGAUCGGUUUCCUUAUAACAUUCAUACCAUGCCGAAAGAGACGUUCGCUAAGGUGUUGGAGGAGGCCGUCGUUAAGGUGGUCAUACCCUCGGACAGAACGGUGUUGGCUACGAUUCAUCGACUGAUUGAAUUCGUUGUGCGGGAGGGUCCUCAGUUCGAGGCUGCCAUUAUGCACAGAGAGGAGAAGAACCCUCAAUAUAAGUUUCUCUUUGACUAUCAGACCCCUGAGCACUUGUACUAUCGGUGGAAAUUGUGGUCCAUACUUCAUGGAGAACCGGUAAACAAAUGGAGUUUGGAAGAGUUUCGGAUGUACGACGGUGGACCGCUGUGGAGACCACCACCGAUUAACUUCUUUACCAACGGAAUGCCAGAGGAAUUGGUUGAACCUGCUGACUACCCAGUUGCCCCGGGCUAUCAUGCUGGAAGAGGCGACGAUGCGGUGGAUUUUGAAGGCCGUGACGAUGCAUUUCGUCGUGGCGUUAGUGGCGACCGCGGCGGAACCUUAGGUCUCACCGAGGCUCAACGCAGUCGCCUGGCAGUGUGGAUCAACGACCUGGAACCUUCCCGAGCCCAGGUCGGUGACGUGAUGCUUUGGUGUCUGGAACACGCCGAUGCUGCUCCAGAUGUUGUCGAUAUCAUCGCCAAGUCGCUGAAACGACCCAUAGGCAAACUGGUCCCGGAUGAAGAUAUUGAAGAUGACGGUAGUGGUUGUGAUGUAUUCACCGUAAAACCGGCUACAUCGGUUUCAUCAGUGGUUGCGAGGCUCUUUCUCACCUCCGAUAUUCUAUACAACUCAGGGGCGAAGGUGCCUAAUGCAUCGUUUUACAGAAAAUGCUUUGAAAGUCGACUGUUUGAGAUUUUCAACGAAAUCGGAUCGUUUUUCCGUGAAUUGGAGAGUAAAUUGAAGGCAGAACAACUGAAGCAAAAGGUGAUGCUAUGCUUCCGGGCCUGGGAGGAAUGGGCUAUAUAUCCCAACGAUUUCCUUAUACAAUUGCAAAAUGUCUUCCUUGGAUUGACGCUCAAUGUGGCAUCCAAGAAGUCCACUAACAUUUCUGAAAUGGAUGAAGAAGCAGUUGCCGGUGCGCCUUUAGAACCCAAUGUUGGCAUUUCCAAGUCUAGUGGGAUGACUGCAGUUACAGCCAACGUGGAGUCUCUGGACGGUGCUCCACUCGUUCAAUACGACGGUGAUCCUCUAGAUGUGGACGGCAGUCCAUUGAAUGUCGGUGGCGGUAACAACGAAGAGGAUGAAGACAUUGAGGGCGUACCGUUGGAUACCGCGUGGGUUCAGCUCCAUUGUGAAUCCCUCCUUGUUCUCCAAAUCUCCCUAAUUUUGUUGUGGCUAUCCUCCAGUUCCAUAAAAUCGCGAGACGUUAAUAAACUGUCGUCAGCUGCAGCACCACUUUUCGUUCCCUCUAAAUGGGAAUCAAUCGAUCCAGACAAGGCAGCCGAGGAGGCGGUCACUUCAAACCGAUGGGAUCUCUUUGCCGAUUCCUCUACCUCACCUUCAAAGCAACCUUCAUCCGCGGGCGAAAUUGCGGCCUCUAAAGUCGACAUCGAUGAAGACGUUGAUGGAAAACCACUGGAUGGAUUUGGUGCAGCUGGUUUGGGUCUCGUUGCCUAUGACGACGACGAUGCUCUGUCCCCAUCACCGCCACCGCAGCCAACAAAUGAACCGAUCUCCGAUUCUCGCCGCCAAGCAUUGCGGGAGAUCGAAAUGAAGGUGGUGAAGUAUCAGGAUGAGCUUGAAGCCUGUCGAAAGAGGGGCGAUUCAUCGGUUACUGAUGAAGCAAUUUCCAAGCAGGUGGAUCGAUUCCGUGAACGACUUCUGGAGCGGUUAGAAGAGACUCAAGAAGCAUCGGCGAAGUCCUCGUCCUCCAAAUCGAUCGGCAACAGCAAAAAUUCUUCGUCGUCUAAGUCUUCAAAGCCGCCUUUCUCAUCCGCUUCGUCGAAACGACGCCAUGGUAGUAAUAGCAGCACCAGUAAACGACAUGAUGACAAUCGUUCUUCACGUCGUCGGCAUUCGAGGUCUCCUGACGACGGUACUUAUUCAGCCUCCCCGAUGUCUGGAAAACGGCUUCGAGAAGAGUUGGCAGAUGUGAGGGAGGAGGGUGAAGCUUCUGAUGAUGAAGGUGGUAACACCCACAACCAGCAUAAACGGUCCAGACGUCGGGAUGACGAGAAUCGUAAUCGUGAUCGAUCACCUCGAAGAUCGCGUCGUUCACGCUCACGAUCGCCGUCACCGUCGAGGCGUCGAGGUGGAAUCACCGCGCCUUCAAGUAAAUCUUCUCAAAAGAAGAAAUAA